AACCUAACCUCACAUCACACCGACACGAUGCCAGUACGCGUAUCAGUGGACGAUUUUCGCGAGCCUGUGCUGAUCGCUACGCACGAUCUUUCUAUCGCAUCGAGACAUGAAUCACGAUGUAUCGCAAUCACAUCGAGGAAAACUCGCAAACAAGCGCGUGUAAGAAUAUCGCGCGCGUACCACAGUGACGGAGUUUUCGAAUUAGCGCGUUCGUUAACCUUAAACCUCGCGUGCCGCGUGCUACUAUGACGUAGAGACUGCGGUCGGCGAUAGCCGGGGGAGAAUAUCAUGGGCAAGCUUAGAUUAGGGUCAGAGUAUAUUCCAUUAACAGACGACGACAUGUCGAAGACUCGCGUCGUCAUAUCGUUCGCCAAAGUGGCAUGGUUCACCGUGACCUUGCCGUUCCUGGCGUUUGUCUUUUGUGUCGCCUGGUCGGUCCUCUAUAAUUUCGAGCACUCCACCUCUACGCAUUGCCAGGUAUACAAUUUUUUACCCUCUGUCUCGGCAGCCAUCGGUCAUUACAAACCUCAGAGAGAUAUAUGGAAAACUGCCAUAGCGUUACAAGCUAUUGUCAGAAUUUUAGUAUGUAUGAUGUACUAUCGUUUCUAUAAGGAGCAUGUUUACAACUGGGCGCGAUAUUUGAGUAAUAUUGCGCUUAUUAUGUACAUCGUUGAAAAUAUGUCUCUUGUGACACUGAGCUUUUGGACUUCCGAUGAGAAUUAUGCAUUCCAUAAGAUGUCUUUCAUAACAUUUUUGAUAACGUCCUUUAUACACAUGUUCCUAAUGUAUUAUAUUAUGAGGAAUUGUCGAAACGUUACAAAAGACUGGUUUGAUGCUGCUUCCUUGAAGUGGAAACGGAGAUCAAUGAUGUUAAACGUAUUAUGUAUAAUAAUAGCGUGCUAUUUCUUUUAUAGGCAUAAUAAAUACUGCGAACCUUUCGUGUAUUCAAUGUUUGCAUUGAGCGAAUACGGAGUUGUGCUUUCAAACAUGGGAUUUCAUCUGACUGCGGCAUUGGAUUUUGCCACAACGCGUCUGAUGGUAUCAGGAAAUGGAGUGCGAAUCAUUUAAUAGUAUUUUAUAUACAUCACAGGUUGAACGUUACGUAUAUAUAUAUAUAUAUUAGGGGGACCGGAAAGUAAUG